AUGAAGGAUGAAGAGGGGGAGAUUACUGUCACAUUAGAGGAGGACGAAGAAGAGAAGACUGGAGAUCUGAUUAACACCAGUAAAUACAAGGCAGAGAAAAGUCUCUCCAGAUCAGCACUCCUCAAGAAACACCAGCAGAGACCCACAGGAACGAAAUCUCACUGCUGCUCUGACUGUGGGAAAAGAUUAAACUCUUUAUCAAACCUUAAAAUACAUCAAAGAAUUCACACAGGAGAGAAACCUUAUAGCUGUGAUCAAUGUGGGAAGAGUUUUACUACAUCUAGCAAUCUAACUAUACACCAGAGAAUACACACAGGAGAGAAACCUUAUGGCUGUGAUCAAUGUGGGAAGAGUUUUACUACAUCUAGCUAUCUAACUAUACACCAGUGUACACACACAGGAGAGAAACCUUACGCCUGUGAUCAAUGUGGGAAGAGAUUUAUUCUGCUAGAAACCCUGAAAUCACACCAGAGAAUACACACAGGAGAAAAACCUUAUAGCUGUGAUCAAUGUGGGAAGAGUUUUACUACAUCUAGCAAUCUAACUAUACACCAGAGAACACACACAGGAGAGAAACCUUAUGGCUGUGAUCAAUGUGGGAAAAGUUUUACUACAUCUAGCAAUCUAACUAUACACCAGAGAACACACACAGGAGAGAAACCUUAUGGCUGUGAUCAAUGUGGGAAGAGUUUUACUACAUCUAGCAAACUAACUAUACACCAGAGAACACACACAGGAGAGAAAUCUUUUAGCUGUGAUCAAUGUGGGAAGAGUUUUGGUCAAUCUGGCCAACUGACUGUACACCAGAGAACACACACAGGACAGAAACCUUAUAGCUGUGAUCAAUGUGGGAAGAGUUUUGGUCAAUCUGGCCAACUGACUGUACACCAGAGAACACACACAGGACAGAAACCUUAUAGCUGUGAUCAAUGUGGGAAGAGAUACUCUAGUAAAAGAUCUCUGAUCAAACAUCAGAAAAUACAUGAAGGAGUUGUUUCAUGAUAUCAAUGAAAUAAUGUCACAAUGUAGAUUAUUUUAACAUUAUAUCAGUAGUAUUUUAAUGAAUGUCAACGUAGAACCCUAAAUGUUUGCCCCCUGUUCAAUUGAUUUUAGCCUCAUGGAAACAAUCCAGGCUCUGAAUUGAAAGAGUUACUAUUUAUGUGAUUGAACAAAAAUUGACUAACAAAAAAGAGUUUGUUACACUUACCACGUUGGUGACCCACUGGAAUCUAAAUGCAACACUUCAAAAUGUAGCUAGCAGUUUACCACGUUGGUGACCAACUGAAAUCACAAUGUAGCUAGCAGUUUACCACGUUGGUGAUCCACUGGAAUAACAUUGAAACACUCCAAAAUGUUUAGGUUUUCAAUAUAUCACAAACUGUUUCUGCAUAUUGGUUAUUGAUUUGGACACGUUAAAACUGUGUUUUGACAUUGCGCUAUUCCAAUUUAGCAAAAUGUAAUUGAAAAGACGUUGAAAAUAAGACUAUGCCCGACGUCCAAUAUAUGUUCGGUUGUAGGUGAAAGUUGAAAAGAUGUCUUUUUGGGUAGAUUUUUCAAUGACUUGAAAACAACUUAAUUUCAACAUACUUGGAGACUAUACACAUGGACGCAGUGUAAUAAAUUGGUCUAUAAUACAUUUUAUGAACAA